AGGCUAGGUUUAGCGUGAUUCUGGCCGUAAACAAAUCUUCUUUAUACUUAGUCAUAUACUCGUUCAAACCCUUAAAUGCUGGAUAUAUUAAAACAUGUUGAGCUGAAGUUUAAAAUGUAGUUUUACAGUUGGAUUUGAUGCAAGUUAAUGACCAUUUUUCUUGAAGACACUCACACUUUAAAGGAUAAGCAGGUGUUCCUGUUUGUAGACGAAUACCUCGACCACAGAUGCGGAAUUUAGUUUGAUAUCAAAAAGACUUUUACUGUAUUCGCAAAUUUACCGGAUUCACUUAUUUACUACUGAGAAGUUCACCUACCAAGAUGAAGUUUGAUGAAAUUCUGGAGAAACUUGGACAGUUUGGAAUAUAUCAGAAAAGGGUUUUCAGCUUUUUGGCUUUUCCCGUAGUGAGCAUUGGUAGCUUCUGUUUUAUGGUGAUUGUAGUUCUCUACACUCCGGAUCACAGAUGCAAAAUACCAGGAUUGGACAAUGACACAUACGAAGUUCAGGGUACAUUUCAUGAAGAACUGCUCAAUGAAACUAUUCCACUAUCAGAUGAUCCGACCUUGACCUAUGACCAGUGUAAUGUUUACGAUACCGGAAGCGCAGCAUUUGACGGAAACAACCGACCAAUAAACGCAAGUCUUUUAAAGUGUACGGAAUGGGUGUACGACAAAUCAGUUUUCAGCGAAACAUUUACCUCAAAGGCGAACUUUGUUUGCGGAGAUGCGCUGAAGACCUCCCAUAUACAGAUGUUUUUCUAUUUUGGAGUUCUGGUUGGGGACUUUGUUCUUGGAAUGUUCGCUGACAUAAUGGGUAGAAAAAAGGCUUUAUGUGGAGCACUGACUCUUCUGCUGGUGGCGUCCGCGAGCGUUACGUGGGCUCCAGAAUUCUACUCGUUUGCUGUCAUUUUUGUUAUCGGAGCCUUCGCACAUGGGGCCUAUGUGUGUAUCUACGUUUUUAGUAUGGAGAUUGUUGGUGUAAGAAAACGGGUAUGGACCGGCACGUUCGUACAAAUAUUCUUUGCUGUUGGUGCAAUAUACUUGGCGACUGUGAGCUACCUCGCCCGGGAUUGGAUCUGGAUCAACGCAGCAUGUUCUAUACCAUGUAUAUUUUAUCUGGCUCUCUGGUGGUUUAUACCAGAAUCGCCCAGAUGGCUUAUCAGUAAAGGGAGAAGACGCGAAUCAGCAGCCAUUAUUCGUAAAGUAGCAGAUACAAACAAAGUCACACUUUCUGAAUCAAUGUUGGAAGUCAAAGAAGACGAUAAAGGGACACAUGGGAAUCUCUGGCACGUGGUCAAGAGCCCCGUACUCUUGAAGCGAACGCUUAUAUUGUGCUUAGACUGGAUGAUAGUGAGCAUGACCUAUUAUGGCGUUACCAUGAACGCUGGGAACCUCGGCGGAAGUUUCUAUCUUAAUUUCCUGUUGAUGGAUGUGGCCGAACUUCCCGGAUAUCUCGUUGGUAUCCUCCUGCUCGACAGAAUAGGCCGGCGAUGGUGUAACGCCGGAGGUAUGCUGGUUUGUGGUGUAGCUUGUAUUGCCACAGUGCCAACAGUGUUAUUGACGAAAGCAGAUUUGCAGUGGUUGACGAUAACUCUCGCGUUUAUAGGAAAGGCUGGAGCCUCAAUGGCGUUCGCCGUUGUGUUCAUAUUUACUAGUGAAUUACUUCCAACUGUAGUAAGGAAUGCUGCCAUAGGAUCAUGUUCGUGCGCUGCACGUGUUGGAGCCAUGCUUGCCCCUUAUAUUGCCAAAUCCGGUGAGUUGAUAGGUGGCGAGUUUGGUCAAGUAGAACCUUUAGUAGUGUUUGGAGGUCUAUCAGUACUCUCUGGUCUACUUCUACUUUUGCUGCCAGAAACACUGAACCAGAAACUGCCAGAUACCAUUCAAGAAGGAGAGGAAUUAGGAAGGAAACCGAAUCCACCGUUUGAUAUGGAACUAGAAGUGCAAGCGCCAUUCAUUGCAAAGGAUAAAGGCAGCAAACCAACAUGUAAUGGAGAGUAACACAAACGCUUUAUGCUUUAUGUGUCAACAGCAUUACAAAUCAACCGCUCUGUUUUUCAGUUGCUCAGUGAAUUUUUAUUGCAGAUGUUUAAUUCCUUUCUUGAAAGAUUCAAUAUUUUCAUGGACAACUUUGACCCGUAUUGGUUAAUUAGACAUAUUGUAAUGUGAUAUCCGUCGCCAAGACGUACGAAAGUAUUUCAUUCAUUAUACAUUUUUAUGCUCCCCGAAGCAUAUAGUCGCCACCUUGUUCGUCCGUCCGUCUGUCACACUUCUUGUCCGGAGGAUUACUCAGAACGUAUUCAAAGUACCAAGCUGUAACUUUAUAAAAUGAUAUAACUCAUUGAAAGGAAGUGCAGUGAAAAGAAACCAUAACUCUAGGUGGUCCCAGUUUUGAAUUAUCUCCCUUUUUUAAAACCAUGUUCGGGGUAUCACUUGAAUACUAUGUAAGAGAUUGACUUGAUACUUCACAUAUUGAUAGAGGUCACUGACAGAGAGUACAAUAACAACCAUAACUAUAGGUGGUCCCAUAUUUGAAUUAUCUCUCCUUUUUGUAAAACUUGUACGGGGCAUAACUCGAACAUUUUCUUCUUGGUAGUGUAUAUAUUCGCUUUAAAUUCAUAUGGUGACCCUAAUAAAAGUCGGACAAGAAUACUAUCAUGCUACUUUCAGACAUUUAUAUGUUACAUUACACACAACCUCUAUCAUGCUACUUUCAGACAUUUAUAUGUUACAUUACACACAGCCUCUUGUCACAUAACUUCAUCAAGUAUCAAGUCUACUGCUUUAUUAAAUGGCUAGACGAUUGAUAUUAUGGGCAGAAAGUGUCAAGAUGGGUAGACGGAUAAAUGGUAAAAGUGAUCAGUUUGUCGCCUCAACGCAAACUUUUGUAUGUGUGUUGUUUCCUUUGUGUUCUGUAUUGAAAGAUAUGUAUCUUGUUUUUCGAAAAUGGACCUAGGUGUAACUAAUGUUUUAAUAUGUCUUUUUAGAGUAGUAUUAAAUCCUAAAUAAUUGUAUAAAACAUAACCUCAGCUAAAGACACUUCAUGGAAAGGCAAAUAGUUUUCCUUUAAUGUAAGACGAUAUUCUUAGAACAUUUACAUUUUCACAGCAACAGUCUCUGUUCAAAUAACCGACAGGAAUGCGAAAGAAGUCUAAGUGUUUCUUGUCUAUAUGCAUUUAUACUUCUUUCUCAUUCAUCCCUCGAAACACAUUUUAGUUUUCCCUGUGGUUUAUGCCAAUGUGGGGUUGUACUGUAUGAUUAAAGAACACCCUUACUCUUAAUUAAGAUCCAUUUGAAUCAAUAAAAUUGUUGAGAUAGUUCUUUAUACAUAUAGUAUGAAAAUGAGCUUUAUCUUUACAUCGGGCGUCUAUUUAUCAAGUUUAUACUACUAUGUCUUUAAUUCUAUUUGUACCCCGCGAACAACGAAGUUAUAAGGGGGAUGUAUACUGGUUUUAGGUUGUAUGUCUGUCUGUCCGUCCGUCCGUCUGUCUGUAGACACAAUCUUGUGCGCACCAUAUCUCCUCAUCCCCUUGACACAACUUAAUGAAACUUCACACAGAUGAUCAGUAUCAACAGUAGUUGUGCAUGGUGCAUGUAAGGUUCUUUCAGAUUCUUUUUUUGCAGAGUUACGGGACUUUGUUUUUUUGUUAAUAUACUAUAUACAUAGAGUCUGCAUAUGCAAUCUUGUGCGCACCUAAUCUCAUGAACCCUUGCACACAGUUUAAUGAAACUUCACACAAGUGAUCAGUACCAACCCUAGUUGUGAAUUGUGCAUGUUAGGUUCUUCCAGAAAACAAAACUGCACAGUUAUGGGACUUUGUUUUUUUUUGUUAAUAUGCUAUAUACAUAGAGUCUGCAUAUGCAAUCAUACACAAUCUUGUGCGCACCAUAUCUCCUCAUCCCCUUGACACAACUUAAUGAAACUUCACACAGAUGAUCAGUAUCAACAGUAGUUGUGCAUGGUGCAUGUAAGGUUCUUUCAGAUUCUUUUUUUUGCAGAGUUACGGGACUUUGUUUUUUUGUUAAUAUACUAUAUACAUAGAGUCUGCAUAUGCAAUCUUGUGCGCGCCUAAUCUCAUGAACCCUUGCACUCAA